AAAUCCCGGUGUUGCUUUCUUCUCUUCCUUAAGCAUGAAAAGGGCACAUAUGUGUAUUGCGUUGCUUGGAAUCAGAAGGAUGCCCGAAAAAUUGCUUCUGCUGGAGGAGAUGGAACGUGCAUGGUUCACCAGAUAGAAGGCAAGUUAUUGCAAGUUUUUAAACAUCCAUCUGCCGUAUAUGGAUGUGAUUGGAAUCCAAAUAAUGAAAAUAUUAUCGCAACUGCCUGUGAAGAUGGGCUUAUCAGAAUUUUUUAUGUUGGAAGUGGCACUGAUCAGCCUUUGAAAGUGUUAUCUGGUCAUGAGGGAAAAGCUUUUCGAGUGAAAUGGUCUCCAUUGAAAGAUGGAAUAUUAUGUAGCACUUCUGAUGAUUGCUCUGUUCGGGUUUGGCACUAUGCCCGUGGAAUAGCUGUCAGGAUCCUCGAGGGUCAUACAAACUAUACCAGAGGUUUACUGUGGUGUCCAGAACUUCCAAAUGUUGUCAUAUCAGGGAGCUGGGAUUCCACGAUAAGAGUUUGGGACAUUAGCGAUGGUGCUUGUUUAGAUGUGAUUGAAGACCACGGAGCUGAUGUAUAUGGUUUAGCUUGUCAUGCUGAAAGACCAUUUGUCCUUGCAAGCACAUCUAGAGAUUCUACUGUUCGUUUAUGGUCUGUUUUACCUCUAGUUUCAACUAUUUAUUUAAGAAUAAUACUUUCUAGACCAGUACAAGAAAUAUUUUCUCCAUCAGCUGGCCAGCCUACUGAAGAAUUUGAAGAAACUUUAGGAUUGUAUGGAUCACAGUCAAAAGUUGUUAAAGAUUUUAUAACUAAAAAUCAUGAUCAUUGCAACCCUGAUAUGUGGCGAGCAGUUUCAUCCUUGUUUUGUCCACCUUCAGGAAUUACAAAUUUAUGGGAGCUAGUUUCAGUUAUAAAAGGUCAAAAUAUUGAUUUUGGAAGCUAUAAAACUGGUAUAGUGCACAAAAAGCAUGUUAUGAAGCUGACAAAGGCAAAAGCAUUGGAAACUGAACUUGCAAAUGUGUCAUUCUUUGGCUCUGGGGUAAAUACAUGUGGCAAAAGUGAGAAUAUCCAUAAUGCUGCUGAUUAUCAUCUCCUAACUGGGAAUUUAAGGAAAUAUUGUGAACUGAAGAUUCUUCUAGGAGAGUGGCUUGAAGCUAUAUCUGUUGCACCUGGAGUUUCUUUAAAUUAUUGGAGCGAGCUCUGUAAUAGGUGGCUUACUGUGUUAAAAGAGGAAAAUAGCAGCUUAAUUGCACCUGUGUGUAUUGCAACAAAUAAGGCAGAUGAAUUAAUUAAAUAUUAUAUGAAGCAAAACUUUAUGGAGAAAGCAUAUAUUGUUUCUGUUGCUGCUUGUGAAAGUCUUAUGCCAGCUCCCCAAGUGACAGAUAAUAAUGAAAGUAUUGUUACGCAUGCUGAUAAUCAUUAUUACAAACAGUUGAUCAAUGAAAAUUUGAAACAUAUGUCUGAACGAUACAUGUUAUGUGAAACGCCUGUAAAAGCUGCAUGUUGGUAUUUAUCUGAUGACAAAAUUCAAGAUGCUGUGUACUGUUUAUUGAGAGGAAAUGAGCUAGAACUUGCAGUAAGCUUGUGCCUAAGUUUGGGGAUUAAAAAUUCUUCCUUAAAAAUGGCUGUUACAUACUUAUCUUGGAGAUGCAUUCAAAAAGGCGAUUGGGAUCUUGCUGUGGAUAUUCUUAAUCUUUGCCCAGGAACUGAAAUUGAAAAGAUGCGUAUUUGUGUAAAUUGUUCCCUCUCCAUGGCAGAAAGAGCUGAUCUCUAUAAAAAGGCAGGCUUAUCCUCUGUGGAAGAAUAUAAAAAUUUGGCAGAAGAUUCUCUUACAAAAAAUAUACCUAUUGUAAAAGUUGUGCUGUACUUUCUGUUAUCAAAUGAUCCUAAGAAAGGGCUGGAUAUUGGCUUGAAAUGUGUAAAAGAUGCCUUAACAAAGUCAGACUGGAAACUGGAAUCUGUCUGGCAAGUUUUGACUGCUAUGAGCUCUGUCAGCAGUCAUUUAUUGCAAGACAUUUCUUUCGAUAGACAAAGAUUUGAACUUCAGGUGUACUGUACCUAUGUAGGAGCUUUUAUUGCUAUUAGGCAAGGCUUUUAUCCCAUUGUUGUUCCUCUCUUUUCAACAACUUUAAACCUCAUGAGAAGAGUACAUAAUGCAAAUCUCUCAAUAACAGAAGAUUUGGUUUCUUCUGAAAUGCAUGCCUGGGUUGCUUCAAAAGCUGCAAAUGCUAAUUAUGCUGCUGGGGAACAGGGCAUUUACAAAGACAUGCUGUUAAAAGCUCUUGAAAAUGAACCAUUUGGUGAUAUAGGUGUGACAAUCGUGAGUGGUUCAAGUUUACCACGGCAUUCUGAUCAUCAUCGAUGCUACUUGCGAGGUUCUACUAUUAAGGGGCCUGUAUAUUUCCUUGAUGAUUCUAAAUCUGCCAUAUCAUUAAAUGAUGCUUUAAUGUGGGCAAAAGUUAAUCGUUUCUCCCCACUGAAAACUGGAAUGACUAUAAAUCCGUUUUAAUACUGUGAUGUAUUUCAGAAGCAGUUAAGGCAUUUUGUAGACUGAAACUUCAUUAUAAGCUCAUAAGCAUAUUGUGAUAUAUAAUGCAAUAGUUUCUCCUUAAUUAACAUAUUUAGUGUAUGCUUUAAAUAAAUAUGCAAUCUAACAAAAAAAAAAGUUGCAUUAGACUGUUUAUGUGGGCAUUAUGUUCAUAUAUGAAAUAUACAUUCUCGGUAUCACCUUCAUUAUCAUCAAAAUGUAAUUAUAGCUUGGUAUUUCUUGAAGAAUAAUUUAAAGAUAUAUUAGAGAGAAAUCAAUUCUGAAAAUUUUUCCUGUCAGAAAACUGCUACUAUUAAUUAAUUCAAAAGCAGGCCCAGUGCCAGAACAUUUGCGACUUGUGCGACCCCACUGGGGGGGGCAAUUUUUUUUAUUUAGAAAGGAACUGGGUGGCAGAAUUUUGGAUUUGUGCAGAUUGAAAGCAGGUGGCAAAAAAGUCUAGUGCUGACCCUGUGCAGAAGUAUCAAAUAUGAGUGGUUAUAGACAUUGAAAUGAAUGUGAUAAUGAUGUUUUGCACGUAAAUUUGCCAUGCAUUGGAGAGAAAGUUCAGCAAAGUUUUGUUAUUAUUAUUAUUUCAUAUGAUUCUCUUUGAUAUUUUUUCACAAUAAAUAAUGCUUACAUGCUGUAUACAGUGUUAUCUUCAUAUUUUUUAGGAUAACUGUAUUAUGACAGUUGAUAUAGUUUUAAAAUUUAACUAAAGUAUAAAAUCUGAGAAGUUAGCAGUAUCUACUAUGUUAGUAGUCUCAAACUUAGUAAUUUUAUGAUUUCCUUCAAAAAAUAACUACUUGUUAUAGUGCUGUUAUGAGAUUAAAGUACGCAUAUCUUUUUGCAUUCUAAUUGUGGCUUCACAUUUAAUGAAUUUCAGUCCGGAAUUUUGUAUUUUCUUUCUUAAAUAUGUAAUUAAUACUGGCUUUUGUAUAUAACUCUUAGCAUGUCAAUAAUUUUACUUUCUAGAAGAAACAGUAGGUUGGCUGGACAAGUUAUGUUUAAAUUUUUAUCAUUAAGAAUUUUAUGAGGAGGGUAUCAGUUAUUUAUACAAUGAACAUUAGUAUAUCUUUCAUAGCUAAUAUCUAUUGUAAGUUUCCUUUCUUGAAUAUCAUAAUUAGUAAAAUGGAUGCUGUUAUUUGGAAGCCUUUUUAUAAAGUAUAAAUGCUAGAUGAGAGAAUUAGUGCUCUUUCAGUGAAUUCUUUAUAUGUAACUACUUCUAAAUUGUUUAAAAAAAAUGCAAAUUUGCCACAGUUUCUGUCCAGUGUCAUGUCAGUUUCUCCGUAUGAUUGGAGCCUAUUAUAUCCAUAUGAUUGGAGUAAUGGAUGGGCAGGUUGACAGUAAAAUACAAUGACCUCUUUCAAAGAGGCAUUGUUUAUUAUUCAACAUUAAAGAUUUUUGAUAAUCUAUGAUAUUUUUAGUACAAUGUCUGGGCUACCUGAAUGCAGCAUUGCCAGGCAACAUGAAAUGAAUCUAUUCAUGAAUCUACUACCAUCAGUAAUAUAUUUAUUUUUUCUUCAAUAUUUUGUUUAUUAUAUGCUUUAUAAGUAGACUUUAUAAGUUCUUUUACUCCCAAAUCUGAGAACAUAAGGCACAGUGGAAUUUUGAUGUAUUCUGAAAGGGUCCCAGAUUCUCAAUAUUAUUAACUGUAGUUGUAAAUAGGCAGUGGGGAUUUUACUGUGUAUCUACUGCCUACUAUAAAAGAAUGUUUUAAAAAAGAUAUGGGAAGUUUGUUAGAUGCCGACAAGCAUUAUUAAAAGUUAAAUCUCUUUCUUGAUGAACUUUGGUUAUCUAUAAUGUUGAAAAAACUAAACAUUUUUUAUUCUGAAUAGGGACAGUUAGAAACAUUCUCUGUAGUUCUUCUGUUUUCUCCUACAAAAUUUUAAUGAUCUGUUUUAUAUUUUGCUCUCCACUAAAAAUCAUUUUUUGAUAUUCCUUUAUUUGUGUUGAUUCUCCCUGCCCUCUGUACAAUGCAGUAUGUCUGUGAAUAAAUUUUAACUGUAGUGUAUUAAAAAUAUUUUAAGUCUAAAAUUUCUUUCCUCAGUCCAAUUUAUGCCAGUGAAGUGCAUAUAUUCCUAAAUAUUGCUAUUAUUUUUUUAAGUUUAAUAAAUAGGAUUGUCAUUUUCAUCAUAAACUCUGGUGUGCCGUUCAUAAUAGGAGAAUCAUAUAAAUCAGAUCAUAUAAUUCAUCAUCACAGGAAAUGAGUGUAGUUUGAUGAACUAAACUCUCAUGCUUCAGCAGUUUAGAAUUCCAAAUAUGUUUGUUGGAAAAAAACCUAACUGGUUAUGAAUGAAAUUUGAAAUUAAGGGAUAUCGCACUUUCAAUUAUGGUAAUUUAAAGAUUAGUUUGAAUUUUGUUUUCCCUUAUCAUUUAAGUAGCAGUAAUAUUUUAUCCAUAAAAAAAGAAUUAUAUGAGAAUUUAUCGUCAGACUAUCGGACCACUGGCUGUGGAUUAUUAUUCCCUCUAACUGCCUUCUGUGUAUACGUUGGGGCAUUAUUUUCUUUACCUCUGUCAAAAAUCAUUUCCGUUGCUAAUACACGUUAUAAGUAAAAUUACAUUCAUUGAAUCAAAUUAAUAAUGAAUCAUUAAAGGAAAAUUGUAAAAAUACUUCUUUUGUAUGAAGAUGAAAAUAUUAAUUACUGUUAAUAUUUUUAGUGUUAUAAAAUCAUAGAACAGUUUUCAUGAUUCUGUGUAAUACAUUAAAAUACAAGGAUAUGUGAAUAAACCAAGUCUGAAUAUUGUGAUAGUUUAUAUCAUGUUUCAAAGGACAGUUUUCUGUUUUCUGGGUUAUUGAUCUUUAUGAUACAAGGGUGAUUCAAACGGAAACCUUAAAUUAUUUUAUAAUGAGACACAUGAAAAUGUGCAGAAAAAUUUUCUGUACAUCAUUUUUUGAUGUUGUCUCCAUUAUGUGUAGUACAUGUAUUCCAGAGCUUCAAAACUGCAUGGAUGCCUUGCAAGAUGACUUGCAACUGUAGCCAGUUGUGCAGAGUGGUUUUUAUUGCUUUGGAAAUGUAUGUCCCAUGUUGUCUCUUUCAGCUGCCAGAGUACCUAAAAUUCACUAGAAUCAAUGCCUAGUGAAUAAAUUUGUUUGCAUGAUAUAUUCAGAUUUCAGCCCUGAAUGGUUGCAAUUGUUAACUGGGCAGUAUGCAGUAGAGCUUCAACGUACAGUAAUAGUGCACCUUAAGUCAUAAAUCUGUCAUUUAAUUCUUGAUUUCAAGGUGAAAGUGAUUUUAGAGCAGAUUUGCAUAAGAACUAUUGGUCAACUGUUAUUCCCUCUUCUAUGUAAUGUUCCAUAAUUCCACCCCCUCCCAUUGCAUCCUAGAAGAGAGUGAGUAUGUUGUUUUUUCCUGCUUGAUGGGAUAAGCUUCUCCACAGACGUUAUUCCACUUUCAAAUUCAUGUACCACUCAUAUACUUACUCCAUGGGCACCCCUGUAUUGUGCUUACAUUCUGCAACGAAUUGAAGUUGGCUUUAUACCAUUACUACUGAAAACAUGCAUCACAACUUGCAGCUCUAAUGUGUUGCAUGUCAACAACAAUGAGGUGGCUAUCUUUGAACUGACAUUGCUUCCUUCUUCAGUAAUCCAGCGUCAUACUGUCACCUGUUAAUCAUUCUUCAAACCACACAUAUAAAUCCUGCCAACUUACAAAUGAAUCAUAGAACUUUUUGGGAUCGUAUUGCAUUUUUCAGGUUCUUUUGUUCUUUUGUUUGUUUCAGGUUCUUUUGUUUUGUUCUUUUGUUCUUACAUAAAUAGAUAUCAAAUGUCACUGAAAAGAUGCAUAUUUUUUAUUUAAAUGAUUGUUAUAAAAGUGUGCAGAACAAGUAAGUUGUUAUAUUAAUUGAUUGAUCUUGCCAUUUUAAUGCAUGUAAUAUAUAGCAAACAGAAGUUUGUGAAUGAAACUAAAAUGGUGAAUUAGGUUUCUAGAGAGUAAGGAUAGAAAAGCUUAGUAUUUCUGAAUAGCAUAUUUUCUUCUCUGUUAGUAAGAACAUUUGCUAAAAAGUCACAAAUUCUGGAUAUGCUGUUUGCUCUAAAUCCGCACUAAGUUGAUUUAAAUUAUAUUUAAUGAAAUGUCUUAUGUUAUUGCUCAAAUUUUAUCUAAAAGUGUUGACAUUGUAUAUUCUAUUAAAUUGUAGAUGUGCCUUUAACUACUACUGAAAAUUGUUUAAAUGCUAUUACAGAGCUACAUAUUUUGUCUAUUUCUAUCCAUGCAAGGGAUUAUGUACUUGUUUUAAAUAUUAUGUAAAGAGAAAAAAUGUGGAUACUUCUGUGAUAUAGCACUAUAGAAUAUUGAUUGUAAAUUUUUGUGUAGCAUUGUGAUAAGUGUUGCAGAUUUGUUCUUUUUAUGCCUUAAAUGCAUAAUGCCUUUACAAAAUACUUGGAACUAAAUUUGUAUAAAAUCGAAAGUUGUAGGAAGCAACAUUCUUACUUCUUAGUUUUCAAUUUACAAUCUGUGUAAACUUAUGCAAUGCUUAGCCUGGUUAUACAACUGUUGUAUUCUUUCAGAUAAUUCAUCUUUUGGAAUACUAUUUAGCUCUAGAAUAAGCAUGUGGGUAACAGGUAUCCCCCAGUGAUAUUUUUCACAAAGUUUGCAACACUAUGUGUUAUUUCCUGAGUUGUACCUUUCAGUAGCUGAAUGUUAAUUGUUAGUGUUUCUUGUGGUGGCAGUAGCACAAAAUUGAUUUUCCUUAUUUUAGAUACAUUUUAAUAGGUGUGUGACACCUGUCAGUCAAGCGCAUAACUGUACAACACAAAAAUUUGCACCUAAUGUGAGGUUAAAUAUCUCACUAUGGCUUUCUGGAUCUCUUCAAUACUUUUUAAAUAAUAAAUUUAUGUAAAAUUUCAAAUGUCUCCAUUGCUGUUUAUCCAGCUUUGCAGCACUUUUUUUGCUGUUGUUUGCUCAGCUUCAAAACUAUAACAGGAAGAUUUCACUAGAUCAAAACAAACAUUAACGGUAUCAAAAAUUUGGACCAUAAGGACAGAUGAUAUUUUAGGGAAAGCAAGUUGAGAUGUUAUAGUAAUAAAUGCUGUCAAUUAUCAUUUGGUUAGUUUGCUGGAAUUAGUUUAGAAAAAUUUGUAGAUGUAAAGAAAACUUUGUAAAUGCACUUAAUUUGUAUUAAACAUUCUAAUCAUUUUUUUCUGUCAGAUUUGUCAUUCGCAUGAUAUAUGUUUGUUUUGGUAAAUUCAGCAUGCAAAUGUAAUUAAUUUGGGUGCAGUCUUUUGUGUCAGAUAGAUUUGAGCUAAUAAGUUUGAAUGAAUCUAUUCUGUGAAUAUAGUAUAUUAAAAUUCUCUGCAGGCAUUUGGCAUUAUCAGAUUAAGUUUAAUCUGUACUGUGCUCUAAAAAGAUAUUCUUAGUAAUAUAAUUCAGCCAGUAAAUUUUUCCUGUUGAUGUAGAAAUGAAGUAUAAUUAUAUCAUAUUGUAAGAGUGUAAUAUUUUUUAAAUGGAAAGUAUAACAAUGUUUUAAAAUUUUCAGCACUUGUUUUCACUUAUUUUAGUUUUGUUACUUUAGUGAUCUGUUAUAUGCAUGUUAUGUAAUUUCCUGAAGCUCUGAUGGCAAAAUAAUUUAUUUUUAUUUAUUAUUUAAAAUAAUUUAAUUUAUUUAUAAUUUUAUGAUUUUAUGUUUAAAAAAUUUAUUUUAUUGUAGUUAUAAUGUGCAUUUAGAUAUCGAUCCCAAGUUUCU